AUGCGUCACUGGAUUUGUAUGCGGCCAUCGUGGGAAAUGAGAUUAACUAUUUGGAAUACGACCUAUACAGCACAGGGAUCAACACUUGUGCUGACUUCUGUGGAGUGUAUUCUCACAAAUCCGCCGACUGGAAAAUAA